UCCUGCUCUGCAAUUGUCACUCUGGGAGAGCUCUUUGUGAUCUUGGGGAAGGACAUGGACUCCGAGGUGGAUCAGAUUGCUGCAGUCCUUCUCCACAUGUUGCGGAAUUCCCCAGAGUUUAUUCAGAAGGCAGAGCCUGGGCAUGAUGGUAGAGAACGUGACUCCUACACGAGCAAUGACUGCUCUCAUGGACAAUGGAGUCAAGAGCCGCUACGUCCCGGCACAGAAAUGUACGGCCGAACUCCUCCUGUCCUUGAUGGAGAAAAUGGGAGUCACGAAGCUUGCAGGCACACCCAGGGCUGAGAGGCUGGCACAGGUGGCAGGGACACUCGCUCAGGACAGUCACAAGGACACGAGGCAUUAUGGACAGGAGAUGGUGAAGAUGUUGCUUAGUAAUCAAAAAUUUAAAAAGCUUUUGGAACAAUCUCUUUCCACGCAUGACCUGGAAGAUAUCCUGAAGAGAAUUAAGAAGAAAGAAUACUGCCCUGCUGUCAAGCCCUGUGGAGCUGGAAGAAGCUUGGGGAUGGAAAACCAGAAGGCUGAACGCCCACCUGUGCAGGAGCCAGUGAAGAAGAGGAAUGAAGGCUCCAAGGAGCCCCAGGCCACAUCGCCUCCUAGCAAACGGGCAAAGUCAGCCACUGAUGGACGCCAUCUACACCGUGCAAGAGCCCAGGUCACAUUAGCUGCAUCUGUGGAAGAAAGGGAGCUGCUCCAGAAGCUUUACCUUCUCCUGGAAGCCAAGGCGUUCCAGACACGGAUGGAAGGAGUGGCACUCCUCCUAGACCUGUCCAAAACCAGACCCCAGCUCAUCUCCACUAACAUUGUCAAAAUUUUUGAUUAUUUUGGCCUGAGAAUCUGUGACACACAUAAGAAAGUGAAGCAGAAGGCGCUGGAGGCGCUGGCAGAAAUCAUAGGACUCCUGCAGGAUGCCAUGAACCCAUUGAUGAUCCGUUUGGUUGAAGGCAUAACAAAGAACCUAAACUCAAAGGAUCCCGGGGUUCAUGCUGCAGCUAUGACGGCUCUGGACCAAUCUGUUGUGCAUUUAGAUGAAGUAUCACUGAUGAAAGAGCUCUGCCACCAAUGGAGACGACUGAGUGGCCAAGCUCUGCUGGAUGUCACGGAGCGUAUCACAGUGCUUGUGGAAUGGGCUCAUGCCAGGAGCCCUGAAGCGGUCGAGCGCUACGCCCUGCCCGUGCUCUGGUCCUGCCUGGAGAACAAGGCGCUGCCUGUGCGAAGCGCCAACGUCUGCGCUGUUGUCACCAAGCUGGCCUGUGCCCUCUGCGAGGCACUGGGCAGCCAGAUCAUUAAGUUUGCUGACAGCACACCUCCACACGUGCAGGAAAACCUCAACAGCCUUCUGGGCUGGUGAAGGUUUGAUGUUCUCCAGAAAGCGGACAAGUUUCUGAGCUGGACACCACCGGACGUGACUUUUCAGCUGUGCCAGAAAUGACAAAAUACUAAGGAAGGGUGUGCAUCUGCCCCUGCUCUGUUAUCAGCAUUGCCCUUCCUAGUCAUGACAUGGGGGGCCAUAAGCAACUGCAGACUGAUGACAAGGUGAAGAUGAAGUAUGGAUCAGCCUCAAGUGAACCCAGACUGAGGAAAAGGUGAAGACCAAGCAUGGAUCAGUCUCACACAGAGAUACGACUGGCUACAGUCUUUCCAAGAAGUUUUCUCUGGACAUUUCUGAUAUUCCCUUACCAAGAAAGUCCUUGCCUCCAGUCCAGAAAUGCUCUUUCCUCCAAGAUCAGGAAGAAGCUGCCAACUGUCCAAAGAAUGUUUCAAGAAUAGGAUUUAGGCUUUAGGAUUAUCAAGAAUAGGAUUCAUUAAGAAUAGGAUUCAUCAAGAAAAGUAUUCAUCAACAAUAGGAUUCAUCAAGAAUAGGAUUAAUCAACUAUAGGAUUCAUCAACAAUAGGAGUUAGGAUUUUGGAAUAGGUUCAGGCUUCAUAGUUGCAGAUGUAUCUAUGUUCUGAUAGUUUUGAAUAAAUGUGUUUGAUUGUAUAUUUAAAUUUUGAUGAGAUAUUUUAAUUGUAUAUAUUUUAUUUUGAUGAUUUAAAAAAACUUAAAUGAAUCAAUUAAAUUUAAAUAAACCAAAAGAAGAAUGUGACACCAGGAUCUCCUGGAGAUUAUGGGAGUGCAGUGUCUCACCACAUCCUUUCUUCACUGGGCCUCUCUUCUUCCUCUUUGCCAUGUUUUCUUUGUGUCACUUGUGCUGCUGUUUUUAACUUGUCAUGACAACAGGGCCACACAUUGACAUGUUUGGGGGACAAUGGAUCCAAAAGAUCCUGUAUGGUCAAAAGUUUUCUACCUAGAUGAGUUCUGUGCUCACCAAAGGCCUGAGCAAAGAAACAAAGAGAAGUGUGCCCAAAUGGCAAAGCUUUGCUCCUUUGCAAUCUCACACAGAUCUGGAUCACAGGUGUCCUCAAUCACAAUAUCAUAGGUAAGAAGAGGUCGUGUAUUUCACUGGGAAACGAUGCACUGCUUUGGAAAAGUCAUCUGUAUAUAGAUUUACCCAGGCCAGCAGUCCAACUUUGUUGUUUGCAACUUGUUUGCAGAAGGAUGAGUGGACUGGGAGGCCAAUAACAAGUGACAAGGUUUCCUCAAACCUAAAGUGCAGCCUGUGUGCCAUUCAGCCCAGAGCUGAGGGAUCAUUUGUUCCCAUGGACCACUGCCUGCCAGGGUAAUGAAUUCCUGCAUAGCUGGAACAAGCAAUUCAGGAUUCUGCUCCAGAAUUGCUUGGUGGGCUGCAUAAUCAUUGACAAUACUCCCUAUCCAGAAAUUCUUUUGCAGUUUCCUUUCAUAGUCUUUUGAAGCUUUUAAAGUUCACAUUUCAAUUUGCUUUGCCUUAAGGGAAAACACUUCCUGGGCCCAAUGCAUACUGCAAGCUCUUGACAGCAAAGUCCUCAUGGUUGCCAGCUUCUGAUGUUACAGAAGAAACUGCGUGUGAAUGCGUUAAUUAGGUUUUCUGAUGGAAAAACUCUAUGUCACGUGGCUGCAUGUAUUUGCUUAGCUAUGAGUCUAGUCCUGGCCUAGUAAAGCCCAGGCAGGGUGGCAUGUUGCAGGGAAAACAAGUCCGUGUGCUUAUGGGGUUGCCAUCAGCAGCAGAGUGAACGUGUGCUUUGGGGCUUUCUCUGGAGAUGUGGGAGCUCAGUACAUCACUCCGGAUGUCCAGAGCUACCGAGACAACCCUUGGGGGGCUCGGAGGCCCUGGAAUGUUGCCAAAAGUACCUGGUGGCUUGACUUUGAUCCUUUUAAAGAAAUGACACCUGAAGGUGAGGAGAUGAGAGAAUUUCAUGUCUGAAUGGUGAGGGGAUGUUAUUCACUUGUUAGAACUUAAGUUAGAAUGCACUGUACAGGGGGGUUUUAUGUAUUGUACAGGGGGGUCUAGAAUUCUGUACAUGGAUCAGGAGUCCCAAGAUGGAGGAAUUUGGGCGUGCCCCGUCCUUCUUCUUUCUUCUCCUUGGCAUCCAUGUUCAGGAUGAUGUUGGCAUGUGUGGAUUGGUUCAUAGAAAGAGUACACUUGCCAACAAGGGCAGAAAGUAUUGGGAAGUAAAGGUAAAUAUCGAAUACGUAAUUUUCAUUAUAAAAGAGACAACCGCCUCGUGGGCGAGGGAGAGUGCCUUUGGCUGUCCUGCUGAACAGACCUCGGCUGGACAGACAGAAAAUCUUUGUAGAUAAGAAAUAAUAAACUCGACUGAAGACCGAAAGCAAGAGUCCAGACUCCUUCUUCGAGAGCGCGGCCUACCCAGAACCACUUUUUCCCGUGCUGGGGCAGAGACAAGCAACAG